GGAAAGUGAGGAAUGCUUCCAACCUUGUAUGUUUAUGAGUCUUCUUUUUUUCUUCACGGAAUUCAUGUUUUGCAGUUAUCGCGAUAUUCCAAGCCAUACUUUAUCUGUACCGAAUGAUAUAACAGUGGAUAAAUUAAAUGUUCUUGCAAAUAAGACUUUGAAUGAUUUAUCCGGUAAGGAGCUCGGACUAGUUGUUUUCGAUUUUCUCAUAUCAUCUACGAUUUUGCGGACGACAUUAGAGGAAUUCGUUCAAGAAAACCAUGUCCCAGUUGAAUCAGUUAUCAGUAUUGAGUGUAUUGUUCAGGAACCAGCACCAGAACCCGAUUCUGAUGUUACCUUGCCUGAUUGGAUUGGCGCAGUUAGGUGCAACGACAACUUCAUUGCAUCUGGUACAUAUGGUGGUGAACUCGUGUUGUGGAAUCAUUAUGGGAAAAAACUAACGUCAUCCGUUUUACAUGAAGAAGCUAUUAAAUGUCUUGCACUUCUGCCCGAUGAAAAAGGAAGUCGAAUUGUCACCGGUGGACAUGACCAGAUUUUGAUGGUAAGUAAUAUAGAAAAAGAUGGAUCAUCUACUUUUAUAAAACCAACAUGCGUACUUCGCGGUCAUGAAAGAAGCGUGGAAUCCAUUGCCGUGAAUAUCGACGGUACUCGGACGGUUUCAGGCGGCUUUGAUAAAAUGUUGAAAGUAUGGAACACCGAUCAAGAUGAUACAUCCACCGUCUUCGAAAAAGCAGGGAGUGAGAAAACGACCAAGAAGAAGAGGACUGAUGUUAUCACUAAGACUCCUAUGGUUACUUUGUGUGGUCACAAGGACGCUGUUGUCGGUGCAGUAUGGUCAUCUAAUUCUGCAAAAGAAGUGUUAACAGCUUCAUGGGAUCACACAAUAUCCAUUUGGGAUUUGGAACUAGCAGGUCAGAUAAGUACUUUAGCGGCAAAGAAGGCAUUCACAAGCAUUUCAAUGUGCUCUUCAAGUAGCAUGCUUAUAACUGGUUCAGUGGACCCGAUUGUGAGGUUAUGGGAUCCACGAAGUCAUGAAGGAACAUUAGUGAAACAGUCAUUUAUUGGUCAUUGCGGUUGGAUCUCAUCAGUUUUUUGGAACAAAGUGCGAGAAAAUCUUUUUAUUUCCUCCAGUUUUGAUAAAACAGUAAAAAUGUGGGAUGUAAGUUGGGCUAAGAAUAAUGAUGCCAUAACUGAUCAGCCUUUCGGCAUACAAGUACGUAAUGUUCGAUGCGUGAAAUGUCACACAUGGGGACAUUUGAACACAGAUCGUGAAUGCCCGCUAUACAAUAUGAGUGGGAACUUCGAAGAUCCCGGAUAUGCAAACAAUCCAUCCGAUUUGUUCAAACAACUGCAGAAGGACCGUACAGAAGGGAAAGUGUACGAAAAAACAAGAGUGGAAGUACUCAAAGGUCGACCUGCACAUGUUGUUACCGCUGUAGAUGAUGAAGAAAACGAGGAACAGUGGGAAGAGUUGACUUAUGAUCAACUAGCAGAGAAUAUGAAAGAAGAGCAUGGAUUGACCCUAAAGAACAACGUAUUCCAAAAUAUGCGUGCUGAGGAAAGGAUUAUGAACAUGGGUUCAAGUUCAGAGCAAGAAAAAAUGGUAGCAUUUUUCAGUACUCUCAGCGAAAAAGAAAAACGUAAAUUAGCAAAGUAA